UGGUCAAAACUCAUCCUCAAGACGCCGACGAAUCAAAGUGUUUAACAUUCCAAACUCAGCCAGAAAAUGGAAAUACUUUUUCUAAGCUGUAUAAAUGGAUCGCUUGCGAGCAGGUCUACAAACUUUAUUGUUAUAAUGUAUCGACUGAGACUCAUCCUGAAGAAAAUCACAGAUGGAAGGAAAGCGCAGAAAUUUGUUUUAACAGAUCAAGACAUUCACUAACAUACAAUGAGAUGCGGGCAACAAAUAUGACCUUUCGUAGUCCAGUAUGGACUAGCAUCAUUUGCAGUGACGUCAUUUAUGAAUACAAAGAAUAUGAUAGGAUAAUUGGAUCAAAAACCAACACAAAAUAUGAUGGCAGUCUGCCGAAUGCUCGAUUUGGUUAUGUGACAAGAACUGGUGCAGUUCUCAAAUUUAAACCUGACAACACUCAAUACAAAGCUUUAUGUAUUGACGGUCAAGGAAAGACAAUCAAUACAGGAUCAACUAAAACUUCAUUCAGAUUUACAUCAACGAGAAAAAGUACACGCAUGUAUCCUGAUACAUCAUCACAAUCAUCUACCACAUCAAUGUAUAGUAGUAGUUCAUUGGCUGUACAGGUGUCAUCCAACCGUACAUCAAUGAAACUGUAUGGAGAACAGAAUGUCGGCAAUGAGGAUGGAGAUUCUACAGUCUAUGUCAUUGUUGGUGCCUCAGUUGGGACUUUAGUGGCUGUUGGUAUAUUAGCUGUUACCGUUGUUGUGAUAUUCAGGAGGAGACGAUCGGCCACACCAAAAAUACCAAAUACUGAACAUGAGGUUGUUUAUAGCAACGCAACAUUCCCUUACAUUUGGCAGAGAACGAUAGUGUGCCCAAACCAAAUGCUGACAGUUCUUAUUCCCAGGCAUAUGGUUUUGGUAAGGAAAAUCUAACUAAAUCAUGCACAUUAGAUGAAACAUAUGAUACCACUAAAGCUGCUGUUAAAAACAUGAGCAAUCCAAACGAUAACAUUUAUAACAAGUUGGGAGCAGAUGAAACGUACGACAUCACUGGUCCUGAAAAAAGUGCUAAAAUCGAUGAAAGUAGCAAUAUGUAUGGCAAACUGAAUGAAGAUAUGGAAAAUGUUUACAAUACAGCCGGAACUGAGACGAAAAAUCAAAUUGUGAGCGAAAAUAUAUAUAAUAAAAGUGGUAAAGACAUUGAUGAAACAUAUGACCAUGUGUCCAACAAAUAAAUUGCAACAUUUGUUAUUUAUAAAACAUUCCUGCCAUUUCUCAUUUAGAAAGUCUCAAGUUAGUUUGAAAUAAGUCCAAGAUCAUUUAAAACCAAGGUAGCAAACUGGAUAUUAUCAAUGAUUUUGUGAAAUGUAUGUUCUUUUCAUGUAUGUAACCUUUUGCAACAGUGACAUAAAUGUUAACACAUAAGUGUUACACAUGGGGACAACUAGUAGAAGGGUGAUUGUCAUUUAAAUCGUUUUGCAGCUGUUUGUUCUCUUACAUUACUCAUAUGUAUGUAUUAUGAGCCGUUUAAAUAUCAAGGACAAAAUUGCCUUAUUUAUUUGGAGUAUACAACAAGUGGACUUUUUGGGCCAAGAGAUUGAUAUGGCUAUGUGUUCAUAAGUGCUGAAAUAUCAUUAAGAUGUUAUAAUAUCAUUUGCAGCUUAAAUCAUGAAAACAAUAUCGCUUACUAAAUAUAAGGAAGGCAAAAUUGACUGAAGCCUUGUAUGUACGCUAUUCUUUUUUCAAUGAUACAAUACAGAAAAAAAGAGUUGAUGUAAAACUUAGCGAGUUGUAUUUCUUGUACAAUUUUUUGGGACAAAUUUCGUCCAAAAUGGUCUCUAUAUUGUUAAGUGAAACAACAUAGGUGGAAUAGGUGAACAGUUAUUGUAUAGUUAACAUAGUGUUGCGAUUAUAAAGACUUGUCAUUUCCUAUUUAGAAUUAUACCAAUGUUAAAGGGUG